AUGCCAGACCCACCCAAGUCGCCGAACCCCAACACGCUCAAGCGCUUCACUAUGCCGGGCCUCGUGUCAGCAACGGGCGUCCUCGCCUUCCUCGCUGACGAGGAGCCUGAGCUCAAAGUCUUUGCACUACAGACUCUGAACGAUGAUAUCGACACGAUUUGGACCGAAGUCGCUAAUGCCCUGAGCCAAAUUGAAGCUCUCUACGAAGACGAGUCCUUUCCCGAGCGACAAUUGGCUGCUCUCGUGCUCGCCAAGGUCUACUAUCAUCUUCAGGCCUACAAUGACAGCAUGGUGUUUGCCCUAGCUGCUGGCGACCUAUUUAAGCUCGACGCUCCCGGCGAGUUUGAGGAGACCAUUGUCUCCAAAUGCAUCGACCAGUACAUCUCUGUCACGGCGGCUCGCCAUGCCACCCCCAAGACGAUCAAGAACAGCGAUCUGCCCGAGCUGACAACAACCUUUUCCAACGCGUCCGAGAACGCCGUGAUGUCUCCCACCACGCCCUUUUCACAGACAACGUUGCCUCCCAAGUCUCUGCUUUCCCGCGCCUCCCUCGACGAUGCCACUAUUGAGGCUUCCCUUCUGCCUCUCAAAGAGGGCCGCGCUGGCUCUGUUACUCAGCUUCCCGAUCGCGCCACCGAGAAGGCUCUGCAGAGAAUCAUCGAGCGCCUCUUCGAUGGUUGUCUGAAGCAGGGUCGCUAUCGCCAAGUUGUCGGCAUUGCCAUCGAAUCCAAGAACCUGGACAUUCUGCGCAAGGUCAUCAAGCGUGCAAGCGAUGAUGAGAAGAAGGCUGGCAAGUCUUCUGAAGGUGCUGCUGGCCCUGCCGAGGAGCUCAUGGAGUACACACUUGGAGUCUGCAUGGAUAUUGUUCAAGAGCGAAGCUUUCGCACUGAGAUCCUGCGACUGAUCCUCGACCUGCUCAACGAGAUUCCUAACCCUGACUACUUUUCCAUCGCCAAGUGUGUGGUCUACCUCAAUGCCGACGAGGAAGCAUCGAGCAUGCUUCAGUCGCUGGUUGCCAAGGCCGAUCGCACAUCCAUCGCCAACGCCUAUCAAAUCGCCUUUGAUCUAUACGAUAACGGCACACAAGAAUUCCUUGGCAAGGUCCUCUCCUCGCUGCCCUCUGGCGAGCGUGCUAAGGCAGAGGACAAAGAGGUCGACGAAAACGCUGAGGACGAGUCCCUUCUUCAAAACGAGCAGGAAUCGCCGGAGGACGAACUCCCUGAGGAAGUUGCCAAGGUCUACCGCAACAUCCGAUCCAUUCUAGAUGGUUCUAAGACGAUCCGCCUUAACCUCGAAUUCCUAUACCGCAACAACCACACCGACCUCAGCAUUCUCAACAAGGUGCGCGACAGUUUGGAAGGCCGCAACUCCAUCUUCCAUACUGCCGUCACCUUCUGCAACGCCUUCAUGAACCAAGGAACCACCAACGACAAGUUCUUCAGAGACAACCUCGAGUGGCUAGGCAAGGCUGUCAAUUGGUCCAAGUUUACUGCUACCGCUGCCCUUGGCGUUAUUCACCGGGGUAAUCUGUCACAGUCCCGUAAGCUGCUUGAGCCUUACUUGCCCAGACAGGGCGGUCUCAGCAGCGGCUCCAUCUUUAGUCAGGGCGGUGCUCUCUAUGCAUACGGUCUGAUUCACGCAAACCACGGUGCUGAUGCACUUGAAUUCCUGAAGACCCAAUUUGGCCAAGCUGAGGAGGAGGUUGUACAGCACGGUGGUGCGCUCGGUCUUGGCAUUGCCGGUAUGGCCACCGGCGACCACGAGAUCUUUGACAAACUCAAAGACGUUCUUUUCCAAGACUCUGCCCUGAAUGGUGAAGCCGUUGGUGUCGCCAUGGGUCUCAUCAUGCUCGGCACUGGAAACGUCAAAGCCCUAGAGGACAUGAUUACCUAUGCUCAUGAGACUACCCACGAGAAGAUUGUUCGUGGUGUUGCUCUCGGCAUGGCUCUCAUCAUGUACGGCCGUCAAGAAGGCGCCGAUGUCCUUAUUGAGGGCCUUCUCAACGAUCCUGACCCUACUCUCCGCUACGGUGGUAUCAUGACCGUUGCCUUGGCUUACUGCGGCACCGGAAGCAACAAGGCUAUAAGAAAGCUCCUCCACACGGCGGUCAGCGAUGUCAACGAUGACGUUCGGCGUAUCGCCGUCAUGAGCUUGGGUUUCAUUCUAUUCCGUAAGCCUGGCAGCGUGCCCCGCAUGGUUGAGCUUCUGUCCGAAUCGUACAACCCCCACGUUCGCUACGGCUCUGCCAUGGCUCUGGGUAUCUCGUGUGCCGGCACUGGCUUGGACGAGGCCAUUGACCUUCUGGAGCCCAUGAUGAAGGACCCGACCGACUUUGUUCGCCAGGGUGCCCUCAUUUCUCUCGCUAUGAUCAUGGUGCAGCAAAAUGAGGUCAUGAACCCCAAGGUUGCCUCCAUCCGCAAGACUCUGAAGAAGGUCGCUGGUGAUCGUCACGAAGAUGCGAUGACCAAGUUUGGUGCUGCCCUGGCUCUCGGUAUCAUUGAUGCCGGUGGCCGCAACUGCACUAUUGGCCUUCAGACCCAGACCGGCAACCUCAACAUGGCUGGCAUCGUCGGUAUGGCUGUUUUCACGCAAUACUGGUACUGGUUCCCUUUCACACACUUCCUGUCUCUUAGCUUCUCGCCAACCGCCGUCAUCGGCUUGGACCACGACCUGGAGAUCCCUGACUUCAAGUACCAUUGCGCCACCCGCCAGAGUCUUUUCGAUUACCCGCCUGAGCAGGAGGUCAAGACUGAGGAGGGCCCAGCGCUCAUCGCCACUGCUAUUCUCUCCACAACAGCACAGGCCAAGCGCCGAGCUCAGAAGAAGGAGCGCGCUCAGCGCCGGGAGAGCAUGGAGCUGGAUCCGGCCCCCUCCAAGAGCGGUGAUAAGAUGGACAUCGAUGAGGACAAGCCCAAGGACAAUGCCAAGGAGACCAAAGAUGGAGAAGAGAAGGAGUCGUCCGAAAGCAAGAAGAAACCCGAGAAGGAGAAGGUUGGCUAUGAGAUUGAAAACAUGAGCAGAGUUCUCCCUGGCCAGCUGAAGUACGUCAGCUUCCCCGCUGGCCGAUACAGGCCAGUCAAGAAACCUACUGGCGGACCUCUUCUCCUUCAUGAUACCCAGCCCAAAGAGAGUAAAUCUCUUCUGGAAGAGAAGCUCAAGAAAGUUACCACUGAGCGCGCCCCCGUUGCUGGUCUUCAGCGCAGCGGUGGUCGAUCUGGAGGCAGUCGUAUGCUUGACGGCUUAGUGGACUCUCGUCGCGGGCCAGACACAAACGCUAUGCUGAACUUGCUAUCGGGUCGCGGAAUUGGGCCUUCACUUUUCGAGAAUCUCGAAACGUCUGGUUCAAACGACGAAGCUGCUGAUGCAGCUAUGCAGGCUGACGCAGCUACUGCGUUUAAUGAGCUCAACGCUGUUGACGACGACGGCGAGGGUGCCGAGGAGGCCAACAUGCCCGACAACUUUGACUACUUCACGGACAGUAGCGACAUAGAGUGA